CGACGAUGGAAAAUUCUAUCCCAGGGCUUGGAGGCUGGAGUGGCCAGCAAGUUUAAGAACCAGAUGAUCCAAUCUCCUCUGGCUAGCGCGAGUUCUUGGCGAUGGCGGCCGCGCGGCUCAAAUGCGUGACCCUGGAUGUCACUGGCACGCUCAUGGCGUACAAGGGCGAGCUCGGCGACUACUAUUGCAUGUCCGCCAAGGCGCUGGGGCUGCCGUGCCCGGAUUACAAGCGCGUCCACGAGGGAUUCAAGGCUGCCUACGCGGAGAUGAGCAAGAAAUUCCCAUGCUUCGGCUAUGGCCAUCUCUCGGAUGUGGAGUGGUGGAGGCGGUGCGUGCGCGAUUCUUUCAUCAGGGCGGGCUAUUCCUUCGAUCCGGACACCGGGGAGCAGAUUUUCAAUCGAAUCCAUGCGAUGUUUGGAUCCACGGCGCCGUACACGAUCUUCCCGGACGCGCAGCCAUUCCUCCGCUGGGCUCGGGCGAGUGGAUUGAGCGUUGGGAUCGUGAGCAAUGCAGAGUCGCGCUACCGGGAUGUGAUUCUCCCGGCCCUGGGUCUCAAUCAGGGAUCGGAGUGGGACUUUGGUGUCUUCUCGGGCCUCGAGGGCGUGGAGAAGCCCGACCCAGGAAUCUACAAGCUCGCAUUGGAGAAGGCGGGCAAUGUUCCUCCCAGCAUGGCGCUCCACAUCGGGGAUAGCUUGAGGAAGGACUAUCUCCCGGCGCAGAGCCUCGGGAUCCAUGCGAUACUCCUCGAUCGAUUCAAGACGGCCGAGGCCGCGCGAUUGAAAGAGAGUGGAGUGAUCGUUCUGCCCGAUCUCCCCGCCGCGCAGCAAUGGAUUCUCCACAACUGUAGCGUCCAGCAAAUGGCGAAUAACGAAAGGGCUUGAUUAACUUAGCCCGUCUGCGUA